GGCUUCUUGAAUUUCAGAGGGGGUGACGUCAGGUUCUAUACCUUUUAGCACAACUUGCAGUCCCUUGCUGCUUUUUAGUUGAUAGGUGUAAAAGUUCUUUUUUGUGUCUUCCAGGUACUUAGACACAGCUCGGAAGUGUUCUUCAGACUUCGUUUGAACCUUUGUUUCGUGAAUGUUCCCUUUAAUAAGCGGAACAACAUGGAAAUUCUCGUCCCCGACCAGCGCAACAAUUUUGUUGACCAGGGCGCUUGAACUUUUUUCCCUUACGUAAAUAGGGGGGGGCUUAGGUUUCCUUUGGGUCUCCUGCCCCAACUCUGGUUGAUUGUUGUCCGUCUCUGCUAAGAUGGAGAAUCGGUUUUCAUUGGAGCUCCUCGUUUGAUCGGUGCUUUUGUUGGUUCGAUUGAUCUUGGGUUUAUUGCCAACCGUGUUGGGUGGACUAAGCUUGCGCUUAAUCUGGAUGUAGCGGUCCAUGCCGGUCUGUAUAGCCGGGACCGCUUGUCGCUUAUCGAGGCUAGCUGUUUUUGUUGCCAUUUUAUUUUGUUGUGCGGCCGUUGGGACCGAACUCGCAGUAUUGGUAGUUGGUUUAAUUAUUGGUGGUGAGUUUGCUGCAGAAAUUUUAGCACUGCUUGUUGUUGGAGCUUCAUUCAGCGAAGCCGGCGGUGAUGGGGUUUGGCAUUGGUAACUCCAUGAUGCGGGAGUUGGGGUGAGCAGAGAGGGUGAGCAAGAGCUGGCUCUCUUGCUGUCGACGGUCAGUAGAGUCGAGUUGCUCUUUGUCGCCUUCUGAUGUUGAUCUAUAUCUCUAGUUGAGAAAUAGGAGUAGCAAGCAUUUCUUGGGUUGACGGAGCUUCUACGCUCAUUCUUUUGAUCGCUGCUCAUUUUUUCGAGCUUGUUGUGCGUGGCACUUAUUUGUUUAAAUUAAAUUAAAUCAAAUUUUGAAUUUAAUUUUGAAAUUACGCGCCCAACGUUCGCACCUCAGCACUGGUCUUACAGUUGAUGUGGCAACGCCACUCGCUCAUGAUCGCCCUCCGAGAUAAGUUGGCAGCGCUGUCAGCUGUUUUAUCAGCUGCAAAAAUUGCAAACUUAUAUAUUUUGCUAACCACCUGCACACGCGGUCAUUCAGCACGCCUAGGUUACGCGCAGAACUAUGGCACAAGUCCACCGUUUGUUUUUGCAGAUUUGCCGCUAACACUGUUCAGCACAACCACGUUAACACAAGAUUUUCGCGCAGCGCUAUCGAAAGACGUCCGCUUCCACGAAUGUGUAGACUUAUCUUAUCAAAAAUUAAUUUUUUUUUUAUAACCAAUAUAUGUUUGGCGAUGAAAAUUUCAGCAACAACAGUGGAAUAAUUCCCAAAUGUUUUGAUCACAUAUUUGAAACAAUAUCAAUGGCAACAAAUGUCAGAUAUUUGGUAUUAGUAACGUAUUUGGAAAUUUACAACGAAUGUAUUCGAGACUUACUUAAUAAACAUGAAAAUACGAGUUUGAUAAAUCAUUCCCUUAAAGAAAUACCAGGUAUUGGUGUUUCAGUUCCAACGCUUACUACACAACCUGUCGUCAAUGCAAACCAAUGUUACGAUUGGCUACAUUUUGGAAAUAAAAAUCGUGUUACUGCAUCUACAUUAAUGAAUAAGCAUAGCUCACGAUCCCACACUAUAUUUACUAUCACUUUGGAACAAUCUCAAUUUUUUAAUAGUAUGGCAUCGGAGGAUGAAUUUGGAGGAAUGCGUAGAGGGAAACUUAGCUUAGUAGACCUAGCAGGAUCCGAGAGGCAGCAUAAGACUGGUGCUCAAGGAGACCGACUUAAGGAAGCGUCUAAAAUAAACUUAUCACUUUCUGCAUUAGGAAAUGUUAUUUCAUCUUUGGUUGAUAGUAAAGCAAAGCAUGUACCGUUUAGAGAUUCAAAACUCACACGCCUGCUCCAGGAUUCCUUGGGAGGGAAUACAAAAACUCUUAUGAUAUCUUGUAUAUCACCAAUAGACAUAAAUUAUAAUGAAACCAUAUCUACCCUUCGGUAUGCAAGUAGAGCAAAGAAUAUUUCAAAUAAACCUACAAUUAAUGAAGAUCCAAAGGAUGCAAGACUUCGGCAGUACCAAAAUGAAAUACUAUAUUUGAAAAGAAUGCUUGAAGAGAGUCAACAAACCCAUUAUAAAAAUAGUGAUACAAUUAAAAAAAAUGAAUCACCACUAAAAAUUCUACAAUCUACAAAUUUGAAUUCAACAAAAAAUGUUCAAAUAAUCGAAUCCGGCCAAGAUUGUAGCGUAUUCUUUAAAACAAAUUACUCAACAUCAACAAAACCACACUUCCCCUCUAUUCAAUCGAAAGAAGAGAUACAACUGCAAGCACGUAGUCGCAUCGAUCUAAUAAAGCGUACAUUAAUUGGCGGUGAACGUAUAGAUGAUUUUAAGCUUAAGGAACAGCACAAUGCCCGAAAAUAUGCAGCCCAACGCCACUUGAGUGCAAUAGCUAUUGCCUUAAGUAGAGUCAAAUGUGAAGAUCGCGACCUUUUGCAAGGGCAUUAUGCCACUGUUACACAAGAAAUUAAUAUAAAAAAUGAGUAUAUUAAAAAAUGCAAAGAAAAAAUUAAAAUGCUUGAAAUGGAAGUUUCCGAUUUAAAUUCAGAGUUCCAGCUUGAUAGAGAGGAUUAUUUGGAGGAAAUUCGCAAUCUUGGACGUCAAGUAAAGUUUCACCAACAACUUCUUUAUAAAUUUCCUUCAAAUCUCCGAAAAUUUGACCUGAAUUGGACUCCAGAUACUAUUUUGCUAAAUUCUUCAUGGAAUGAUGAUCUUAAAAUGUGGAUAAUCCCAAAGUCCGAUUCAAUAAAACUACCUCCGGCUACACAAAAAACAGGAAAUCACUGUAUCCAUACUUCAGUGACCAAUAGUAAUAAAUGUAUUCAUGUAAAUCAGCACGGCAACCAAAAUGAAAUUGUAGUUGGAGAAAAAGAGGAAACCUCAAACAUGUCUAAGGAAAAAUACAACACAAAUGUACAAAAGAAUUACUUUCAUACAAGCCGUCAUAAAAAUAGAAAUUUUGGAGACUUCAGAAACUCAUUACAUCUGUUGAAGUAAAUAAUACAACAGGCAGUGAAUAGAAGUCGCAUCUAUUUAAUUAGAGGCUUUAUUUAUGUUAUAAUUUUGUCGCAAUAAGACAACACACAAAUUCUGUAACACAAUGCAUGAGGGCUUAUACAGUGCCGCUCAACUAAAUAGAUCUGAAAAACCUA